AUGGCUCCCAAACUUCCGUUUGAGCUUAAAAACCCGUCUCUGUUCAAGGAUCAGUCCUAUGUCGACGGCAAAUGGGUUGAAGCCAAAUCAGGCAAAAGAUUUGAUGUCGUAGAUCCUGGAAGUGGAAAUGUUUGGGCAUCAGCUCCCGAUAACAGCGCCGAGGAUGUUGAUGUUGCCAUUAAAGCUGCCCAUGUGGCAUUUGAGAGCUACAGAAAAGUAACGCCAAAGGCUCGUGCUCUAUGGCUUAUGAAAUGGGAUACUUUGAUUCGCGAAAACAGAGAUGACAUUGCUCGCAUCGUCACUUAUGAGACCGGAAAGCCUCUUUCUGAGUCUAAUGGCGAGAUUGAAUACGCCCUAGGAUUUACUUGGUGGUUUGCAGGGGAAGCUGAGAGAGUUCAAGGAACCAUUCAAUCCCCGUCCGCCCCGGGAAGAAGAGUGUUUACCGUAAAGCAACCAAUAGGUGUUACUGCAGCUUUAGUCCCGUGGAACUUCCCAAUUGCCAUGAUAUUGAGGAAAGCUGGUGCCGCCCUCGCAGCCGGUUGCGCUAUGGUCGUGAAGCCAUCUCCAGAGACACCUCUUUCGGUGCUCGCUUUGGCACAUCUGGCAGAGGAGGCUGGAUUUCCCAAGGGAGUCUUUAGUGUUCUGACCACAAGUCUGGAAAAUACCCCGCCAUUGAGUGAAGCACUCUGCCGGCACCCACUCGUCAAAAAAGUUACCUUUACUGGAUCUACUAGAGUCGGAAAGCUAGUGGCGAAGAUAUGUUCAGAUGGCUUGAAAAAGGUCACUCUUGAACUAGGAGGCAACUGCCCAUUCCUCAUUUUCGACGAUGCUGAUCUAGAAAAGGCAGCCGAUGCUCUUGUUGCAUUGAAAUGGAGACAUGCAGGCCAAGCAUGCAUCACUGCAAACCGGGUCUAUGUUCAACAGGGAGUCUAUGAUAAAUUCGCUGAGAUUUUCAAAAAGCGCACAUCUACACUGGUUAUUGGCCAUGGUGCUGAGAAGGGAACAACGAUCGGCCCAGUGACAGUGCCACAAAGUAUUGAAAAGGCUGAGAGACAUGUCGAAGAUGCCAAGAAGCACGGAGGUCAAAUUGUGCUAGGCGGCAAAAAGGUGGCUGGCAAAGGUGGCUACUUCUUCGAGCCAACUAUUAUCCUAGGAGGGAAGAAGGAGAUGUUAAUUACGUCGGAAGAGACUUUUGCCCCUGUGUUGGCUUUGUAUUCCUUUGAGACGGAGGACGAGGCCGUUGAAGAGGCAAACAAUACGAGUAUGGGACUGGCUUCGUACUUCUUUACCAGAGAUGUCAAUCGAACCUGGCGGUUGUUGGAGAACCUUGAAGCUGGCAUGAUCGGAAUGAACACGGGCAAUUCUUCAGCCGCCGAGUCGCCCUUCGGAGGUAUCAAGGAGUCCGGAUAUGGAAAGGAGUCAGGGAAGGAUGUCGCCAUGAACGAGUAUCUCAUUACGAAGACGGGAACUCUGACGCUGGAUGGUCAUUACUGA